GCGCGUGACCGCGUACGGAGCGGACGUGCGUUUUACUCCAUCCGAAAAUAGUCACACUGAUCGCGCUUUCUUUGCAUACAAAUCGCGGAAACGGUAAAACUACUCGUAAACCUGUGAUACUCGUAUUUUUUAAAACAAAGUGUGUGUUUAGUAAACGUGAUUCGGUAGCAUUGCCGGGAUAUCCUAGUUAAACCUACUUAUUUAUUGCAGUUGCAUCCAUCAUUUCACUAUGGUAUCACCCUAAACAAAUCAGAAAUAAAGUUUAACUAAAAGAAAGUGGGGAUGGCCUCGUGGAGAUUUCAUUGUUGUUUGUACAAUAAUUGAUCCUUUUUGAGACAAGAAAUAAAUAAUCGACCAGCAUAUUAUAGCCUGAUGAAGGCUCCAUAGUAUGAUUUGAUUAAAAAAAUCAAAGAUUCUCGCCAACGCGAACGAUUACAGAUAAUAAAUUAUCGUAAAUCUGCAAACCAUAAAGAGCGAAAAAAGAAGAUGAAGUAAAGGUACACGUGUAUCAGGGAGUUGAAGAUCGUACAGUUUAUUGCAACUGGUACUCCUAGCUUCUAAAAAAGUUGAAAUAAAGGUGUAUCUACAUUUGCUUCGGGUCUGAACUACUACUUACUGCAACGAUUGUGAAACAUUCUUUGUAGAGUCAAACAAGUAAAGUUGUGUCCACACUCCUAUCGGGGUAAUGCGGGGUGUGUACUGGACCAACAUACUACUACACAGUACCAAUCUACAACAAUCACCUAGCUUUGUAAAAAGUUGAAAUAAAUGUGUGUCUACACUCUACAUAUCCUUCGGGCUUGAAGUCGUAUGAUUGUGAAACAUUGUCUGCAGCGUCAGAACAAGUGUAAAGGUGUGUCUACACUCGUGUCGGGGGAAUGCGGAGCGUGUAUUGUGUGUCGUGAUAGGCGUGCGUCGUCGACAUAAUACCAACUACAACUUAGUUUUACAAAAAAUUGACAUCAAGGUGGAUACUUAAGCUUCGAGCUUGAAGUCGUACUUACUGCAACGAUUGCGAAAAUUUGUCUGUAGCGUCAGAACAAGUGUAAAGGUGUGUCCACACUGGUGCCGGGACAGUGCGGGGUGUGUGUUGUGUGUCGCGAUCGGCGCGCGACGUCGCCAAUGCGGCGGCGGCGGUUGCGCGAUGUCGCCGCCGCGGGCGCUGCUGGCGGCGCUGCUGCUCUGCCAACUGCUGUCGUACGGUGGCCACCAAGGACUCACCAAGAUAUUCUACACGUUACCUGACACGGGGCAACCUCCGAUACUCAUCUCGCUAGCAGAAAAUGCAAAGUUGGAUCUAAGAACUCCAGAAGAGCUAUUGUACGCGAACGAAUCAGAAAAGCACAACGAAACAACGAGUUUUGCUAUCGCCGACGAAGCUAGCGACGAGGAUGAGGAAAAAGAAAAAGUUACCGAAAAACCAAGUACGGAACCUCGGCUCGUAGUCAAAGCGAAACCUUUCCAAGAGAGCCAACCAGAGGACGUACCUCAAACCACCACAGCUCCGCAAGACGCGGAAAUCGUAGAAGAAUCUCAACCGGAAGAAAAACUCGAAGAAAACAUUCCAAUCAAACCAGAAACGCCGCAAGAAGAUAUACCCUCCUUCUCGGAGUGGGCCCAGAAACAGCUAGCCGAGGCCGAAAAGAAGGACAUCGUGCUGAACCAUUCAAGUCAACCUAGUCAUAGUAAUACGAACUUCAGCAGCAAAAACACUAAAUUAAGAUCAAAAAAUUAUGCUUCUCCCGCAUGCGGGGCCAAAGUCGUCGCCGUCAACCCUGAGGCGGGCUCAGCCAGCUCUAUCCUGUCUCCGAACCGAGACGAGUACAUGCUCAACACCUGUAACAGCCGCAUUUGGUUCGUGGUAGAGCUUUGCGAAGCUGUGCAAGCACAAAAGAUCGAAAUAGCAAACUUUGAGCUUUUUUCCUCAACGCCCAAAGACAUCGCUGUGGGCUUCAGCGAUCGAUUUCCUGUCCGGGAAUGGGCCAGCGUCGGUCAGUUCACCGCGCAAGACAUCAGAGAUGUACAAAGUUUCGAUUUGUACCCGCAUAUAUUUGGAAAAUUUAUCAGGGUCGAACUGUUGUCGCAUCACGGUUCGGAACACUACUGCCCUAUAUCUUUAUUCAAAGUUUACGGCACUUCAGAAUUCGAAGUGCUGGAAAAAGAAAGCUCUCAACACUCCGCUCAUAUAGAUGAAGACGAAGAGGAUGAGAUAAUAGAUGUCCCCGAUGUACCCGCCGCUGAAGCGGAACCGACAAAGAAUCUGUUCGGCUCCGCGCGAGAUGCCGUCAUGUCUAUUAUGAAGAAAGCCGCUCAAGCAUUAGUUAAGUCAGAAGUUCCUAAUAACGUUUCCAGUGAACACAACGAUACAUCAACAGACAAUAUGUACAAAAAGUGUUGCUCACCCAGCCAUAUAAUAGUGUGUGAUAAUUGUAGUGAAACGCUUUACAAUGAUGUGUAUGAGCUACUCAGUUGUAGCGCGGACAGAUUGACCAGUUUAGUGCGUCAAGUUUUUCUAAGAGACACUUUAAAGUGCACGAGUGUAUGUCAAAACUAUGGUUUAGAUUUUAAAAGUACAAAGACUAUAGAGUUCGGUGAGGAACGCGCGGCGUAUGUAAACUCUUUCUUCCCGCCUAAAUAUAUAGCAGCAUUGUGCAACAUUCUCGCGAUUAAAGAGAAAAAAGUAGUAUUAAACACUAGCUUCGAAACAGAAAUGAACGUUACCUCUAACAUAACCGUAGAUGAUUUCCCUCAGAAGCUUAAUAGCGAAACUAACUCCGAACAAGAACUGAAGCUAGUGCCGAUUAAAGACAAUGAUACGGAUGAUAAAAUUAAUGAAACGGCUCAACCUGAUGAUAGAACUGUUGUACCUGAACAAAAACCUGAGCAUGCUCCCAUAGAGUUACCGAAAGAUGACAAAGAUAAAAAAGAUUGCAAGGAAGAUUCCCAAGCAAGUGCUGAAGAACAAUUAUCUUUGCCGGAACCACAAGUGGAUCCUGCGCCUCAAGAAAAACAAUCAGAGGAGAGGAACGAAAUUGAAAACCAAGACAGUCCAAAGAUUGAAAUUAAAAAUGGAAAAGAUGUAAUCACUGAUAAACCAAAAGAUACUCUAAGUGUAGGCGAUGAAAUAAGUGAUCAAGUGAUGAUCGAAUCAGAUAGUUUUAUAUCAGACCUAGAUCAGAUGGCGGUGGAUCCAACUCCUGCCGGUGCUCAAGCUGCAUUGAAUCAAAACCAGGCACAGGCGUCUCUACAGAAGGAAUCUGUAUUUUUGAGGCUGUCCAAUAGAGUGAAGACGCUAGAAAGAAAUAUGUCCCUGUCGGGUCAAUACCUUGAAGAAUUGAGCAGAAGAUACAAGAAGCAAGUGGAAGAAAUGCAAAAGUCAUUCGAAAAAACACUGCUGCAAAUGUCGGAAGAAAGGAGAAAAAGUAACGAAAGAGAACAGAAAUACAUAGACCAGAUGUCGUUACUACAGGAUAAACUUUCACAAAUGACUGUAGCACUAGAAAUGCUGAUGGAAGAAAGAGACAGCUGGUUCGGGAAUUUAACAUUCUUUAAAUUUUUCAUGUACCAGUCUAUAAUAGUCGUUAUAACGUUGUAUUACAUAUCGAAGAAAAAAAAACUUGAAACCAUUCUAGUACCUAUUCCAAAGAAGACUAAGAAGAAACAGGAUAAGUUUAGAAGGAAAUCUGUGGAAGGCGUUAGCGGGCAUGCCACUCCUUCAACCAAGAAGAGAAGACCGAGUGAGGAAGCGUUCCAAAUCGUAACGCAUUCAGAUGAAAUCGAAAAAGAUCCAGAUGCUGGAGAAUGGCAAGUUGCCAAAAAGAAUAGAAAAAGAAAACCUUCAAUGAUAAUUCACAGGAGUACAGAUUCUGAAGUUAAAGAAAAUGCUCAUGAUUGUAUGAGAGAGUUGCAAGAGAACCCGAUAAUCUUAGACGAAGCAGAAUUCCUUGCUCCCGUUUCGGAACCAAAAGAAUUUCCCGAGAAUAAAGUAAAAGAGUUACCAAAAACUAAUGGAUCUUUCUUCAAUAAUUUGAAGACAAAGACCAUGAAAACUAGACGGUUGUCGUCGCCAGCAUUUCUUAGAACUUUUAACCGUCAAAGCAGUAGGAGUAAUCCAAGUCCGGUAGUCAGGACUUUGGAGCCGAUUUUCAAUGGGAAAUUAAGUAAGAAAGCUGCCUCAGAAUCGCCUACAGGAAGCCUUUGGUCGGAAUCUACAGAUAUAUCGCAAAAUGGACACCCAGAAAGUGAAAGUGGAGGCAAAAAGAGGAAAAGUUUUAAAAAUAUGUUGAAAAAAGUAUUUUAAGAGCUUGUCCUGGAAUUUGUAUUGGCAGAAUACUGAAACGCUUCUCAGUUUAGGGUGCGUUUCCACUGAAGCGGGACGGAUUGGAGACGUAUUUAACAGCUGGAACGCACGCUGGCUACCGUGGUAUUGGAAACGCACCAUUAAAGGCACUUAAAUUAUUUUCAGUAAUGGUUUUUUUGACGUCGCGGUAUGGCAAAAAAUACCAAAAACGCCUCAAUUAAAACUAAAAAGUGCUUUUAAAAUUUUAAAUUCGUUUCCUUUAUCAGAGGCAUGACACUGCAUUCGUAACUACGCGCAUUUUACGUCAAAAUUGGCACUUCUUUAUAAAAGUACUGUCAAAUUUGACGUCACCAAAUGUAGUUUCGAGCUGAUCCAAGACAUUAAGACGAGUCGCAAGUAAUGAGUACUUACUAAAAAUGUAUCAAAUAUGGAUAUGGGAUAUAGUGCAUACAUUUUGAGAUUUAACUCUAUAAUAAAUUGUGUUACUGUCAUGUCAAAAGUACGAUUUAAAUCCUUAAUUUAAAGGUGAACCAUACUUUUGACACGACAGGUAGACAGCUAAAAUGGCGAGUUCUCAAAAUGUAUGCAUUAUAACGUUAUUAUGUAAUGGGCCAGUUUAAGGCCAGGAAGAGAACAAGUGGAAUUCCACGGCGGAAAAAUGGGCACGGAAUUCUGCUCCAAUGAGUUGUAUUGAAAUAUUAAUAAAACUUUGUAUCUGCGCGGACAAAACGCCGAAGAUAUCUUCCAAGCUCAUUUCUCUCCUCGUGGAAUUCCUCUAGAUUUGUCCCUAGCCUAAGGCUGAAAUUUAUGGUGCUGUUAAAACGAGACAGCAUUAUAUAAACGCGGCAUAAAUCUGUCUCGUUUUAACAGUGUCUAAGUCUGAGCAUAGACAAAGUGCAUUCUAUAGAUUUCAGCCUAAGAGCCCUUGACUAUUUGUGUUUUAUAUAAAUGUCAGUGCUUAAUUAAUUUUAUUAAUUAAUGAAUAAUGUAACUAUUGUAUUGUAUGUUUAUCGAAAUGAUGAAAUGUCUAAAUAUAUUUAAAUUAUUGUAAAAAGUAUAUCGUGUCGUUAGUAAUUGUCUAUAGUUGUUCUAUAGCUAAAAAUUGUGAUAAAUUAGGAUGCCUAAUGCUAUUUCGUUUUUUUUAAGGAUACGUAGCCAAGUGACUUGAACUCUACCCUUAAUACUUCCGCAUUUUUCGAAAAUUUUGAUAGUUUUCGUGUCAAUAUUACAUCAAUCAAAAAAAUUUUACUUUAUUUUAAAGUUUUCGAUACGGACGUUGACUAUAGAUGUUGGUGGACUCAAUACCGAAUUUCCUUUUUCUAUAAGUUUAACUAAUAACUAAGUUAGUACCUACUAAAAAUCUAUUGAAAAUAUAUUGAGACUUGAAUCAAAAUGCAAUUGUCCGCUAUAUUGAUACUAAUUCCAGAUAAUUCGUUACAAUAUCGCGGAGUCACACCUAUUGUUAUACUAUUUUAACGCAUUAUGAUGUAAUUGAUUGAUGUCGCAUCAGAACUAGCGAAAACCAUUAAAGUUUUCGAAAUGUGUGAAAUCGUGCUAGGGGUAUUGAAACCUUUAUUUUUCAUCAUGUCCAUCUGUCUGCGCGACACAGCAACAAAGUUCCUAGCGUUUACUUAUUUAAGUUUAAAUUUAUAUUGCAUGUGUCCGCUACUAAUUAACCAUAUUAUUUGUAUAUCGUUUAUCCAAAUUUCAUAUAUAGUGAUAUAAUAUAAUUUUUAUUUAUCAAUGUUUAACAUCUCGCCGCUUAGCAAAUCCACAAUUUCGAGUUAAUUUUGAUUUUUGUUUGAAUGGAUUGGAAAUUUCAUAUUUUCUAAAAUAUGAGUCAUAACCCAAACCCAAGUACACCUAAAGAUUUACUCAGGCCUGAAUAUUGCGUACAAAUUGAGAACUCACUCGCCAUUUUAACUAUGUGUCAAUGCUCAUGUCAAAAGUAGGAUUCUAUCUCAUUUUGUACGCAUUAUAACUUAUCGACAGAUUACAGAUCGAAUUAUAUUAAUAUAGCCACAUUAGAUUGCUUUCUUCUAGAGAUAUUUUGUUUUCAUAAACUGUAUGCACCUAUCUGUAUCUGUAUGUGUUUUUUUGUACAAAUGCGGCUACGGAAUCCUUCAAAUAGGAGCGCGACUCGCGCUUGACAUUUUUUAUUUUGCUAGAAUGCCAGUACGGCACACUACGGACAGUGGACGCCAGUCCGGGGGAAACAAAGAAAUGGCAUUAAAUGCAUAAAUUUUA